GUAAAGUGAACAUUUAUGUUGUAAACACAUUUGAAAGUGAUUGUGAAUUGUGUUUUUUAUAGAUUUAUGUAAUCCAAGAUGAAGCUGAUGAUCCUAGCAGCGCUGGCGCUGCUGUCGCCAGCGCUAGGAUACAGGAUCCUGGCCAUCUUCCCGGUGCCUUCGAAGAGCCACAACCAUCUGGGGCAGGGUGUUGUGGGAGCCCUACUGAAGGCGGGGCAUGAGGUGACGUGGGUGACUCCAUUCCCAAAGAAGGAGGCCCAGAAGGGGCUCACAUUCAUCGAUGUUAGUGAAACUACUGAGCUUACUGCAUACGUGGACCCGCUAAAGGUGCCGCACAUGGGUAUAGGCAAGCUAAUGGAGUUCGGAAGGAACAUCUCCAUCGCCGCCGCCGCCAACAAGGGGGUCCAGCGGGCGCUGAUGGACAAAUACGAUGCUGUGGUCACUGAGGUCUUCUUCUCAGAUCUGCAGGCUGGCUUCGCAGCAGUCCUCCAAGUCCCUUGGAUCGUGCUGAGCGGCACAGUCAUCCACGCCGGCGUGGAGGCGAUGGUGGCCGACAUCGGCAGCGCCGCCCUCGUGCCUACCAUAAUGAGCGACUCGCCGAUACCGAUGAACCUGUGGCAGCGUAUGGCGAACACGGUCACGAUUGGGAUGAUGACCGCCGGACGCUUGUGGGACAUAUCAGUGAGCGAGAAACACUACCACGAGAUCUUCGAGCCGCUAGCCCAGAAGAAGGGCAUCGUCCUACCCCCUUACUCCACGGCUAUUCACAAUAUCUCCAUCCUGCUCUCCAACUCGCACCCGUCGCUGGCGCCCGCGAUCAGUCUGCCUCCUAAUGUGGUGAAUAUCGCCGGGUACCAUAUUGCUGAUCACCACACACCGCUACCCAAGGAUCUCCAAGACCUAAUGGACGGGUCCACGAACGGCGUCGUGUACUUCAGCAUGGGCUCCGUGCUGAAAGGCUCGGCGCUCCCGGCGCGGACCCGGGAGGACCUCGUCAGGGUCCUGGGAGCCCUGCCCUGCACGGUGCUGUGGAAGUUUGAGGACCCGAUACAGGGGCUGCCGAAGAACGUGCAUAUUAGGCCGUGGAUGCCGCAGCCUGCUAUAUUAGCGCACCCAAACACGAAGCUGUUCAUCACACACGGCGGCCUCCUCAGCACCCUGGAGGCCGUGCAGGCCGGCGUGCCGCUGCUGGCCGUGCCCGUGUUCGGCGACCAGCCCGGCAACGCCGCGAGGGCACAGCGCGCCGGCUACGCGCUGGCCGUGCCCUUCGCGACGGACAUGGGGGGCACGCUGAAGGUGGCGCUGGAUAAGAUGCUUUCAGAUAAUAGCUACUACAACAAAGCUAAGGAGCUGUCUCGGCUGUUCAACAACCGGCCCGUGCCGCCCGCCAAGCUCAUCGCGCACUACGUGGAGCUUGCCAUCGAGACCAAAGGCGCACUACAUCUCCGCUCACCGACAUAUCACUACGCAUGGUACGAACGCUACAUGCUCGACCAACUCGCAGUGGUCUUAAUAGCUCUGUAUGUAGCUUGUAAGUUAGUCAAAUACGUCCUAAAGAUGGCGCUGAACUCAAUUUUAGGAAAGCCCGUUAAGAAGGAAGGAAGGAAAGUUAAGAAGAAUUAAGAAUGCGUUAUUUAGACAAAAAAG